CAAAAACGAGAGUAAAUUGAAGUAAAAAAAAAUGUCCCUCAAAUAGCACCGUGAGCAGUCAGACUCCUUCUCUCGGCGGCGGCGAUGUUGGCGAUUCCUGGUGCCGUGAAACGACAAAACAUUUCAAAAUAGUGCCCGACGGUGCCGUAGGCUAGACCAGUGUGUUCCAGCGACCGACCAACGUCACCGGCGAAACCGGCACCAUGGAGGUGUGCUGCUUGAAAAUGGCCUCCAGAUGCAGACCGACGCGCCCAAUUAAGGACAUAACGCAGCUUUCGUCGGCCGGCUCCUCGCACGACUGUGGCGCACUGUCACGGGUCGUGAUGGUGAGAAAGACGGACCAGCGCGUCAUCAACCACAAGGGCAGUCUGAAGGAUCCACUGUGCGAGGUGAUUACGAUGGAGACGAUACAGACGUACAAGGGCCACAAACCGGACCGGACGGUGGUGUUCAAGGAGAAGUUCGAUCUCACCGGCAACGACAUGUCGAAGUCGCUCUCGACCGGCAAGCUGGCCGCCGGAUCACCGCGCCUUUCGAUCUCGCCGCUACGCACCAUCCUGACGACCAGCGCGGAACUCGAGCGGACCCGUAGCGCCACACCGAGCGAUCGGAACAACAACACGGCGGCCACCGUAGCGGCGACCACCAUCAAAGCUAGUCCCAAAGUGAAGCAGCAAUCUCUUGGCCUGCGGCCAAAAUCGCUCGAUCGGAGCAACAACAAUCACGGCGUAGGCAGCCCGCUUUCGGUGAAGAGCCCCUCGAUCGUGGGGACGCUCCGUCAGAGCGGAGGAUCGCUGGCCGGUUCGCAGACGUCCCUGCUGCGGAGUCCUCUGUACGGUGAGUUCGAACGCGAAUGCCUGAAGGCCCACAACGAGUACCGAUCGCGCCACGGAGUGCUGCCGCUGAAGCUCAGCAAACGCCUCUGCCGGUACGCCGAGGAGUGGGCCAAGGUGAUCGCGGCCCGCGGUGUCCUGGUGCACCGGAGCAACUCACAGUACGGGGAGAACAUCUUCUGCUCGUGGAGCUCCACCAACACGAACGUGACGGUCAGCGGACGGGAACCGGUCGAGAACUGGUACAGCGAGAUCGACAUCCACGUGUUCGGGAAGGAACCGGCCACACUCAAGACCGGACAUUUCACCCAGGUCGUGUGGAAGGACUGCCGGGAGCUGGGAGUCGGUAUGGCACGGAACCGCUCCGGACAGGUGUUUGUGGUCGCCAAUUACGACCCGCCGGGGAACUACAUCGGGAGCUUCGCCAAGAACGUGCCCCCGGUCGGUGGGUUCGAGGUACCGAAAAUCAUCGUCGAAAAGCCGGCAACAGAGGGCUCGGUCGCGACCGGAACACUCAAGACAACCAUCCGACGGCAGCCGCCGAAUGGCGCCGGGAAACCCGAAAAGCACGUGCGAAUCGUCGACGAGAACGAUCCGGAUCAGUUUGACGAGUUUUCGGUGGGCAUGCUGAAGCACCACAACGAGUACCGGCGGCGGCACGGCGUCCCCGAACUAAUUCUGCACAAGGAGCUUGUCCGGGAUGCGCAGCAGUGGGCCGAGAUACUGGCCCGGGACGAUCGGUUCACCUACCGGCAGAACUCGAGGUACGGCGAGAACCUGUACUGCCUGUGGUCGUCGGAUCGGAACGCUCGGCCCAACGCGCGCGACGUGUGCCGAUCGUGGUACGAGGAGGUGAAGCAGUACACGUUCACCGCGGAGCCCCGCGGCGUCGUCAAGGGUGGCCAGUUCACGCAAAUGGUGUGGAAGGGCACGAAGGAGCUCGGCGUCGGGAUUGGCCAGACCCGGAGCGGCAAGGUGAUCGUCGUCUGUACCUACUAUCCGCGCGGGAACGUCGUUGGCCAGUUUAUGGCCAACGUGAGCAAAGCCCGCUAAACGCACCACGCACCACGCAGCACACCACAAACCGUACCUACCACAGAGAACCUUUCGAGAUAAUCAGGAAACUUCGGAAGCCUUAACAAUCGCAAGAAAUGGGCCGUCCUCCGCUAGCACCGUUUAGAGUCCCGCAGCUCUAUUUUUCUAAACCGGAAUUUGCAAUCUCUGUCCAACCCCGAGUCUGCCUUUUUCUCGCGGACGUUGCCCCCCCCCACGUGUGGGGAACGUUCGUUGAAGGAUAGCUUUCAUGAUGAAACCCACAUACCUGCGUAGAAUCAGCACAAAACUUAACUGUAUUUGGGAAAUUAUUGGAAAGGUCACCAGCAGGCACCAGGUAGUGUUUGAGAGUGGUGCCGCCAUAUAACGUAUUGUAAUCACCAGUUACCAGUUUAAAUCACACGGCAACAGAUACUAGAGCGGGGCGAACGUAGUAUUUAUUCAACUUACUGGACCGUUUGGAACCGUUUUCAGAACAAUUAAUGUUGCUAUCCGAGGCGUUAAGCAAUCUACAGUUUUUCAACAGUUUACUUACACCAUCGCUAUACAAUAAUAAUAAUAACGAAUAAAAUAAUAAAAAUGGGCUUGCCGCUCGAAACCGCUGUAAACAGCUUCGCAUAAACAGGCAAGCUUUCUUGCAAGUGUCUUGUGUGCCACGGUUUGCGCUAUUGAACACAAGCUAUAGCUUACAGCUCGCGUUACAUACAAACUUGUGUUGCACGCUUGUAAACAUUGCGUACAACUUUCGCUGAACGGGUUUUUUCUUACUCAA